AUGGAAACAAAACUGUUGUUUUUAUUCAAUGUAAUUCUUGCAUUUUAUACGAUAGAAGGUUUUACUUUAACAGGCGUUCGAUUCAAACAUUGGGAUAAUAAGUACUUUAUCCGUGUAAUUCCCCGGGGAGGUUGUUCAUUUUGCGUAUGCUUGGAUGAAGAUUUCGUCGGGGAAAGUCGAGGAAAUGAUAUUUGUCCAUUCUGCUAUUGUGUAAGUAGUUAUCCUAACUGA